AUGACUGAUAAACAAGUAGCAUUUACAUUUGAUCAUUUACGUGGAAUCGUUAUGCCUCUGAUUCAACUCGAGAAAUUUACACUCGAUGUAAGACAAUGGAUUAGUAAUGAUAAACAAUUUGUAGAAGGCGAUCAAAUUGAAAUAUUAAUUUCUCAAUUUAUGCCUCAACUUCGUCAUUUUCAUUGUUUCAUUCAGACAGGCAAUAGUAUCAAUAAGGAAGCUUUUGUGACACUAAGUAAACGUUGGUUUUUAACAUAUAAAUCGAAAUUCAAUAGUUUAUGUACACAUUUUUACACAAUUCCAUGGUCAUUUGAACAACUUGAGAUAUCAAUGUUGGCGGAUGAUGAUACAAUCAGUAUCUGUCCGAAUGUUCGAUAUCUAACAGUUGAUGUACCAUGUACAAAUCUAUCACGACGUUUUCCAAACAUUCACACUCUCAAUGUUCUACACGAAUGUAAUUUCUCUAAUGAUGAUCAUGUUGAAUUUCGUCGACUUCGUCAUUUAAAAACAACCAAUAUUAAUAUGGUUCCUUUUCUUCCGACAAAAUAUAUUCAUACACUGACAUUAUGUGACAAAUUCGAAUUGUUGAACCAUCCAAUCAUUUAUUCCAAUGUGUUACAUUUGAUCUUGGAAAAUCGACAAAUUUAUUCAUUGAAUAUUGUUAAUGCACUUGUAAAAUAUUUUCCUAAUCUUCGUUCGCUCAAAAUUCAACUUCAAACAAAUGCUGAAUAUUACGAUUGCCUCCAUGUGCUACUCAACGCGCGUGAAUUUUUCGAACGCUUUGGUUUUGUCGUCAUUGCUGAUGUUUUCACUGAGGAACAAUGCACAAAUACAAUCUCGGAUCUUUGGGACGUCAUCGAAUCUCUUUUGGGAAAACCACUACGUCAUGAUGAAUUAUUGUGGACGCAAGAACUAUGGCGUGCAUCAGGUAUUCCAGGUAAAGGAAUAUUGGGCUCGGAGAGUCUUUGGACUCGACAAAUUUUGUUGAAUCGACAGACUCCAGCUCUGCAUACUGCUUUUGCAACGAUCUAUGGAACGGAAAAUCUUCUAGUAAAUCACGAUCGUUAUGGAAUGUUUCGACCAACCAAAGAACAUCCUGAACGUGCAACUAUAACCAAUCUUCACUUGGAUAUGAAUCCUUGGAAUUAUAUUGGAGAUAAUGAUCAAUCGCAUUUAGUCAAAGUUUUUACCGAGCUACGUUAUCGAUCGAAUCGAGAUUGGAUCUUAGAGAAUGAUGAAGCUGGCUGUGCUCAACUUGGACAAUUAUAUGUACAGGGACUUGUCAAUCUUGCAGAUAAUCAUGAAGAAGAUGGCGGCUUCUGGCUCAUUCCUGGUUUUCAUCAAUAUAUGACAAAGUGGACGAACAAAAACUAUGAGUUUCGAGAAAGGUUUUUGGCACAUGACCAAUUUAUUGUUUUCGACAAAAAUGAGAUACCGGAUAUGUACAAGGCAGCUUGCCAUAUUUCUAUGCGAGCUGGCUCAGCCGUUCUCUGGGAUCAGCGUAUGAUGCAUGGAUCACGAGCAAACUGUAGUUUACGUCCACGCUAUGUUCAGUACCUGAAAAUGUUUCGUGCCGACAUCCCAACUAUGACUCCAGAAAGAGCUGAAAGACGUCGAAAGGCCAUUCUAGAAAAACUUCAAGCCGUGAACAUUGAUCCAAUAACAGAUCUCACUGCUGCGGGCAGAAUAGUUUUUGGACCUGUGAACUAA